CGCAUGAUCGAGGCUGUGGAAGCGAGUUUGAGAGGCAGACCGGAGGCGCAGAGUCCACUGCCUCUUCCUCGGAGCUCGAGGAGGAGUCGAUGUCCCUCACCAUGCUCAUGAGUAUAUUGUUAAGACUGUCAUGCUAACCUGGACUGUGGUAUAAAGAUGUCGACCUCCCGAGUGAUGCCAGUCGGCAGCACGACCGGCGCCCACGACUUCGAUGCCCUUGAUCCUGACUCGUACACCGCCCACCGACUCAAGCAUGCGUCCCCCGAGCAUCUUUACCUCACCUCCCACCGCUUUUUCAUUGGUCCGAUUCCAGAGGGAUGGCUCAACAGCCACAGAAAAGAGUGGUAUAGGCGGAGACUACAGCUUAGCACAUAUUCUUCUCGAAGAGCGAGUUUCCGCGCCGCCACCGACCAAGAUCUUCGUCAUAGGACUUUGACGGGUCUUGAAGGCCCUUCGACUGCUGCCAGGGUGAGCUUCGGCUUUCCUCAACCGGAAGAUGUCCUCGACCAAGACUCAAGCAAUGGCGAGACCACAGAUGUCGAACAAGAGGACCUGGAAGGAGAUGAAGAGCCAAUCCAGCCAAGAGAUAUAGAGCCGGUGUCUACAAAUGAUGUGCCCCGUAUUCUAGGAAUCGAUGACGAGAACGAACAGGGUGACAGAGUCCCCAAGUCUCUGCCAGUCCCUGCAGACAGAGGUCUGGAUGGUACCAACGACAAUCUAAAACCUGGGCCGAGCACAAAGAGUGCCUUGAAGUCUCCAAAACCCGACUCUUACAAAACUGCCCGUGAAGAUCCUUUUGGGGAUUCAAAAGCCACCACACCGGUAAUCAACCCACAACGCUCAGAUCAUGACACCGACAUUGCUGAGAGCAUCGGACAAGACUUUAACAGAAGGUCCAUGCAGCCAUCAGCAUCGACCCAAGACAAUCUGGAGACGAACUCGAGGACUGCUCUACUAUCCGCCGAAAAUCCAAAGCCGGACGCGAAAUCCCUGCAGCAACAUGAACCUGCACCCUUGGAUGAUGACCAGACUUACCGGCUCGCCCGGACGAGCACAGGUGUCAGGUUCAAGGUGUCGGAAGGAGUCCAACGAGGUCAGCAGAAGGUGGUCAGCAGGGCAAUUCGCGUGCAAGGCCGUGUUGCCAACAGGAGAUUGAGACGUAAUACCCUCCAAGAGGGGACUGUCGUCAAAAUGGAACGCAUGUUGGUGAGAGUGGAUAUGACCUUGCAGCAAGUCCCGGAGGAUUUUGAUGAGAAUGAGAGCAUCAAGAUCGAGACGAGGUUGCUGGAGAAAUGGCGCGAGUUCAUGGUCGUGGCAAGAAAGAGCAAGAAACAGGAUGUCGACGACUACCGACUUCAAAUCUACAAAACUCGAGUCAUCCCGGAGAUUGACGAUGAAUCAACAAAGAAGAAACCGAAGCAUGAAAUCAGACUCGAUCCCAAGACGACGCGAGUCAAUUUGUAUUCUUCUCUCGACAAGACCGUGGUAAUCUGGCAUCCGUACAGAAAAGGAACAAGGAUCAUGGUUAUGAGGCCGCGUUCGCAGGCACACUCUGUGGAGUGGUAUACCUUCCUCAGAGACGCCCUGGGCUGGGAACGGCCUUCCACUCUUCAAGUCAAUGUCCCGGACCUAGAUGUGACAUUGCGCCUGGAGAAGCCAUUCGAAGGACUUGAGACCGCUGGCGCCGAUGCUGCAGACGAGGAGACGGCUCUGGCGCGGACGGUCGCUGCCGAGAAAGCCGUUGCAGGCAAGAUCAUUUCGGAGUGCAUUGCCAUGUUGGAACGCGAUCCCGAAUGGUCGAAUGUCUUGGACGUCUGGACCGAGACUGCUAAAAUGGGUCUUGCAUGGAAGAGGUACGACAGGCUGGAAUGGGUACAUGGGGUCAACGAGCACAAGAUGUAUGGCUCCAUGGCAAUGGCCCGAUCUCAUGACCUGGAACUGCGACCGAAACAGCACUACCCUACGUCGACGUAUGGCCGAAAAGGAAAACAUCACGAGGAGCCGCCUCCCAUUGAAGGGUUCUUGAUUCGGCUGACGUCUCAGAAAGGGGUCCACAAACGGAUGGGCAAAGCGUUCUUCAAGCGAUUGUAUUUCUCGACGCACAACCAGUUUUUGAUGUUUAAUCGACCGGCGAAGGCCACCCCACCUCAUCCACCACGACUUGCGACGACCAGCGAGGGCGAAGUCCCAUCUUCGCACGAGAUCGUGGAGAAGACGCCAUUGUUAUACGAUAUCGAACCCUACAAGUUGAGUCACGGCGAUAUUUCGUGGUUGUCCUCUGGCAAUCGGAUGACUUUGCAGAGUCGCGACCGUGGUGCCCUCGAAGAGGCACGGCGGAAUGUGGCCAACAUCUUGGAAGCGGACGGAUAUAUCAACAUGUGCAAUAUUCGUAGCGUGCGCACCAUAAGAUGGGGCGCUUCUCCUGCCGAUGAAGCACUUGAGGCUGGAUCGAGUUCGGACGUCGAUUUCCACCAGGAGGUCGCUGACAGCAGGCGGGAGGACGGAUCGACGCAAGAAAUCGACGACGAUCGAGUCUUUGAACUGGUUCUCGGGAAUGGGUUGGUUGUUCGUCUGCAAGCAUACUCGAAGCAUACACGCGACGAAUGGAUCCGUCGCCUGAAAGAACUGGUUAAGUACUGGAAGCUUCGCACGGCUGCCGAGAUGGACACGUUCAAAGCGAUCCGCAAAGCCAACCUCGAACAGCUCAACGUGGACGAGGAAAUGGAAGCCAUCAUCGGUCAAUUUGCCAAGAAAUGGGAAGUCAGCCGCAGCGAAGCCAGCCCGGAACUCUACAACAUGUGCGCCAUCAGCAGCUGUCGCAGCAUUACCAUGUCGGGCUCGCUGUAUCUCAAAACGCGUCGACGAGCCACCUUCCAUCGGUGCCAGGUCAUCCUUACGGGGGGCAGAUUGCUCAUUUUCCAGUCGGCUUUGCGAAAGAGGACGGGCGAGCAGGUGCGAUUCAUCCACCAGGAGAAGCAGCAAGACGUGGACUUGAAAGAUUGCUACGUGUACAGUGGGCUGAUUGUUGACGACGAUCUCCUGUACCAGAACCGGACUUUCGAUGCGAACCACCCUGGGCUGGCCAGUCUCCCUCGCGUGUACCUUGAAGACGGAUGGACGAGCGCAGACGUCGACGUCAUGACCUGUUUUGUGGUGUGGAUGAACCGGAAAAAGGGCUGGUUCAAGACCGCCACGACCGAGGAGGCUGUCAGCGACUCUGGAGAAGAUGGAAGAAGCCGCGGACGCACCAGAGCGCGGCUUCGUAGAGUGGGGCAGUUGGGCGUGCCGGGGCGAGGGAUGGUCUUCAAGUGCCGCAGUCGGGCGGAGAGGGAUCACUGGGUGUUGAACAUUGCGAGCGAGAUUGAGCGGGUGAUUGAGCAUGAGGUCGAGGAGCUGGGCGACGAGGGCGAGUUCCGGUUCGACAAGUGAGGAUGGAAGGGGAGUGGAGAGAAGAAUGCAACCCCAGCAUUGUUGUGUUUAUCCAUAACCUAUCAAUACCCUGAUUGUUCCUUAUAUAUGGAUCUUUGUAUCAUCCAAAAUGAGAGCGUUCGCC